AAGGGCAACAUCAUUUAUUUGACUGCUUUUAUAUUCUACUUUCUGGGAGGGGACGACACCCUACACAGCCAUGGUUCUCCUCAUGUUGAUGUCCUUGUUGUUGGUCUUACCUCCAAGUACAGAGUGCCUGACAUGUUAUCAGUGUGCCGAUACACAGAUGGACGGACCAUGUCAGAGGAACACAGCCGACCUUGUUAAAUCAAACCAGAUCUGGAAACAAAACAACGAGACCCUUAAGAACGACUCUUACCUAGAAUACAUCAAGACCUGUCCUCCAGAACAAAACUAUUGCGUUAUCGAACGUAUUGAAGACAAAAGUGUGAUGUUUGCUUACAUCCGGGAAUGCAGCGACGGUGUGAGAAUAUCGAUUAAUAACGUGGAUCGAUUUCAAAACAUGACCUUCAAUAAAAACAAUUUCACAACGUGUGCUUUCAAAUGGCAAGUUGGUAUCGUAUGUAUAACUCUAUGUGAAGGAAACCUGUGUAAUGGUCCGAUUGUUGCUGAUGUUGGUAAUGGUCAGCCGGUCAUUUCUUCGUUACUGUUAAUCACAGCGUUGUGUUGGAGUUUUUUUUGUUCUAAAUGAUUGCAUAACAAAUAUCACAUACAGCUUACAUUCUAUCCAUUGAAAUGCUAUUUUAUAUUACUGUAUUUCUAGUUUCCAAAAAAGUUUUCUGUCAAUGUUUAAUACGCGUUAAGAUCAAAACAAUAAUUAUUAUUAAGGAAUAUGUUAUACUGUAUAUUGGCAAUACACUACAAACUCACGAUACCUGUGAAGUACUUCCUGUUCGACUUGUCUACGGCAUUACCGCUGAUACGCAGUUAGUUAGUUGUAAAUCUUGACCAAAAUGACGUCUAUAAAACUGAUAUGAUUGUUUAAAUUUAUCGCUAUCAUUUGCUGACAAAGCAUGUCUUCUCUUAUUUGGCAGCUUGAACAAAACCAAUAUUUUAUUUGUUACAGAUAUUUUUAUUGCUUAGAGGUUUUAGUAUUAGUACAUCUUAACACAGAUUACAAACCAGGUAACCAGACAUGUUGAUCGUCUUCUCGUAAGUCAAAGUGGGUAUCCCUGUGAUCGGAUAAAAAUAAAAUAGAUUAAUUAAGCUAUAGAGACUAUCAGGAUAGAUACGUUUUUAAACUCUAUUAUGGUGAAUAAAAUAAAAAUAACUGUAUACAAAACAAAUAAUUAAAAGGUUUACUUCUG